GUCGCGAGUGUCGCGUUGGUCCUCUCUCAUCUAUUAAAAACAACCACCAAAACCCCAAUAACCCGAUAGUCACGCGCAAGACUCUAAUCUUACCCCAACAAAAACAAUCCGAUCAACAAUAAAAGUGCAACAGUGAAUCCGCCAUUCGUGAAAUUACCGGUUGUCUAUUUGGUUUAUUUUAAACUGAAAUUGCUGUAUUAUUUGUCAACGAGGUCGUUAUCGUCUGGGGAAAGAAGACGAAAAAUUUGCGGGAUAAAUCGCGUGUGGAAACGAUGAGACCAGUGAAUCGUCAGAUCGCGUUGGGGCGAUAGCCCGUACAAUUUUCACAGCUCUUGGACGAAUGAUCGAGUGACAAGGGAUCUCAGAGAUUAACCAGCGCCCAGGGGGUGGUAUCAGAGGACAAUAAAAAAAGACUCGAAAAGUGAAUUAAAAUGACAAGUGAGGCAUCGAAUAAUUAUCCGGCCGACAGAAACAAAUUGUCUCCGGGAAAAUUGUGAUUUCGAUUAUAAUUGGUAUAUCAAUUUUUUUUUUGUUCGGGGGUUAGUGCAGUGAUUUCGUGUCGGUAGAGUGCGGUAUAAAUUGGGGGUUUAUUGUUAAAUAAAUAAGAGGGAUAAGUGCCGGAGGGCAAGGUGGAGGCGUCAGCUAGGCGGUGGACAUGAUUAUUUCAAAGGAUUUGUUCCUCCUCGGCGACCAAGAUUAUCUUCGCCUGCCAAGCAACGAGAAGCGCCAGCAGCGGGCAAUGGGACGUCCGAUCAUCAAUGCCCCCAGAGUGGAAAGCUCAGCACUGCAGUUAGUUUGCCCGUUGGAUUCUCGUCCAGUGCAGCUGGUCUUCCGGGGAUUGCAGGUGUUCAAGGAGAAACGAGCCCUCCUUCGCGAUGUUUCCGGGGUGGUAAAACCCGGCGAGCUGUUAGCCGUUAUGGGACCCUCAGGAUGCGGAAAAACGACACUAUUGAACUGCCUAUCCGGCCGAGUUGGCACGGACGGCGGAGAAAUCUGGCUGAAUCGCGAAAGACUGACAAAAAGAUCCCGUCGAAGGAUCUGUUAUGUACAACAGCAGGACGUCUUUUUUCCCGAUCUCACACUGCGUCAGACCCUCGAGUAUCAGGCACGUCUGAGGCUUCCGGAUACACUUUCGCACGCCCAAAAGAUGCAGUGCGUGGAUCAUAUCAUCGAGGUUCUCGACCUCAACGGCUGUCAGGAUACAAUAAUUGGAGACUACUCAAAACGUGGACUCUCUGGAGGUGAGAAGAAGCGAACCAGUAUAGCCUGCGAAUUACUCACGAAUCCAUCUCUAAUGCUCCUCGAUGAGCCAACGAGUGGCUUGGAUUCGCACUCAGCCCAAGCCCUCAUAUCUCGGCUAAAAAAAUAUGCCGAGCAGGAGGGAAAGAGUAUUGUUGUUACCGUACAUCAACCAAGCUCCCGAAUGUUCCACAGUUUCAGUAAAUUACUGCUGCUGAGUCGUGGACAAGUUGCGUAUUACGGAUCUACCGCUAAUAUCGGAAGAUUUUUUUCUACCAUUGGACUGACGUUAUUACCACACUACAAUCCCGCUGACUUCAUCCUGGAGCAAAUAAAGGGACCGGAAGAGGUUCGAGAGCGGAUUGUAGCUGCAGCACGAGCUGCAAGACAGGGACCGGACUGUCCACCGGAACUACGUCCCGAGUAUAAUCCCAGCCAACAUCCGCUCUGUGACCAUCUCAUCCAUUAUCACGAGCAUCACAUUACCCACAAUGUGAAAGAGGAUGAAGGUCGUACACUCUGGCUGGACACACAGAGUCACGCAAGCAGUAGCGCAAGCUCGACCGACGACGACUAUUCCUGGCAGUGGCCCACGAGCUUUUGGUCCCAGUUCAAAGUAUUAUCUGAGAGAAACUUUCAAGAGGCAAAAUCCCGAAUGCUGUCUCGAUUAAACUGGCUCCAAACAAUUGGCCUGGGAAUUCUCGCGGGUCUCCUGUGGUUGAGAUUACCCAGGACUGAAGCAGCACUCCAUGAUAUUCAGGGUUGGAUGUUCUUCAGUACGACUUACUGGAUGUUAUUCGCACAUUUCGGUACUCUGUCCAGCUUCCCUCCGGAGCGAGAAGUCAUCAACAAGGAGAGGCUGUCAGGGUCUUACAGACUCUCUGCCUAUUAUUUAGCCAAAAUGGUGGGUGAACUGCCACUCACGAUAACUUUACCAGCAGUUUAUCACAUCAUCAGUUACCCAAUGCUUGGAUUCCACAAUCCAGCUGUAUUUAUCGCACUUCUCGCAUUUCUUCUACUCAAUACUGUAGUCGCACAAAGUGCUGGAUUUUUCGUUGGUGCGUGCUGUCUGGAUCUGCAGGUCAGCAUAACAGCCUCUGCACUUUACACUCUAGCAACACAAUUACUUGGUGGAUAUUUGGCAACUGCUGUACCUCCGUGGUUGGCAUGGGCGAGAUACGCCAGUAUGGUACACUACGCUUACCAAAAUAUGCAGAUACUCGAAUUUGGUGUCGGUGAUCCAAUAGCGUGCUCACAACCGAGUAAAUUUCCGGAGUGCAGAAAUGGAACAACGAUACCAGUAUCAGCUAUUUUGGAGAGUCAAGGUGGAAAAGGCUCGGGUCUACCUCUCUGGGCGAAUACAGCUGUCCUCCUGGCCUUCCUCAUAGUGUUCAGGACCCUCGGGUAUCUCGUCCUCCGGUACUACCGAGUCCCCAAGUGAACAAUUAACAAAGUUAUAUUUAAAAUCGACCACAUAGUAUGAUGAAAAAAAAUCUUUUACGUUGUUUUUUUUUUCUACCAAUUUUCACGAAUCUAUCAAUUAAUUAAAUAUUAAUUCAUAAUUACGUACAUUUAAUUACGUAACGUUGGAUACUAUUGAGUGGAUGCAUUCGUUUUUAUCAUAAUUAUCAGUAAUUCUUCGUUCAAUAAAAAUUUUACAAGUAUUUCCAUUAUUUCAA